GAUGACACCAAAACUGGUAAAAAAUAAACUCAGAAAAGGAGACAAAAAAGAGACAAUGAACGCAUUUAUUUUUCUUGGUUAAGUCACAAUCAGCUGUUGUAAAUUAUGUAAUGGAUGAAAAGAAGAUUGAGUUUGAGGGGUUAUUUUUGCGCUAUUUUUUUUUGUGAUAGUCUCCGACACACACGCACACACGCACGGCCACCGGAAGCGUUAGAUAAAUCCGAGGUUGCAAAGUGCGUCACAGGGGCUGAGCUGCGGAGGAAUCGACGCUGAUCUGAACCUGCUCUCCCCCCCUCUCUGCUCCAGACGAACCGAGCGGCCGCAGACCGAAACCAGCAUGGUGAAAAUCGCCUUUAACUCCGCCCUGGCGCAGAAGGCGCUGGGGAAAGAGGCGCCGGCCGCCGUCAAGGACCCAGAGCUGGCCGGUGCUCCGCCGGCGGGCACCGAGGGCUCCACAGGUCGCUGCCUGCUCACCCUGCUGGGCAUCGCCUUCAUCCUCAGCGGGCUCAUCGUGGGGGGAGCGUGUCUCUACCGAUAUUUCACCCCAAAGAGGAUGUAUCACGGAGCCAUGCAGUUCAGCGACGUGCACAACGGGGCGGAGAGCCAGCCCUACUACCUGCCGCGGGUGGAGGAGGAGGUGGAGAUCUCCGACAGCAUGGCCGUCAUCAGCGUCCCCCCCCCGCGCUUCAGGCCCGGGGAUCCCGCUUACAUUCUCCACGACUUCAACAGGAAGCUGACGGCGUAUCUGGACCUGACUCUGAGGACCUGCUUCGUGAUCCCUCUGAACACCUCGGUGGUGCUGCCCCCGCAGGACCUCAUCGACCUCUUCCUACAGCUGAUGUCUGACUCAUACCGCAGCUACCUGGUGCACGAGGACCUUGUGGUGACCGAGCGCAUCGAUGACGUCAAGCCUCUGGGUUUCUAUAUCCGCCGGCUGUGCGAUGGGAAGGAAACCUACAGAAUGCAGCGUCGUUCCAGCCUGCCAGGCGGGGGCAUCCAGAAGCGCUCCGCGGACGACUGCUUCACCAUCCAUCACUUUGAGAACAAGUUUGUGACGGAGACCCGGAUCUGCAAGGCCUGAUCCCAGACGUUGUGGGAGGGGGAGCGACUGGGGAGGAGAAAGCCAAGCGGAUGGGAGCGGAUGUGGAUGGGAAGAGCUUUUAGCUACUUUUGUAUAAAUUCCCCAUUAUCUCCCCCACCCUUGCUUUUUAGCUCGUGCUGCCAGAACCUAACCGGCAGCGUUUAAAGCCCCAAAACCCUUCCUCUGCCGUGUCGUCCUAAAGCUUAGAUAGCUCAUAGCUCUAUUGUUCACAUAUUCUCUAGCUGCUCUUGUACUGUAAAACGCAGUAGGUUUCAGUUGUGUUGAGUAUCGUUUCUGUUGCUGUAGAUUCCCGCAGGCAGCUGUCAGUCCCCCCCCCCCCUCAAGACCAGAGCCCUUACUCAUUCUACUAACUAUCCUCGUGUUACUGAGAAGCUUUGGUGAGACGUCUGGUUGUAGUUCUGUUUAAAAUGGGCGCCGCCGACUUUUCUGGGGCGGUAAGGGGAGGCACGGAAAACAAGGCAAGCAGUACCCACUUUCUUUUUGUACAUAUUUCCCAGAAGUGCUCCGCCUCUCCCGGAAGGCCUCCGCUGUCCUGCUGUGUUUUUUUUAUUUCAGCGUAGCCCACCGUGAACCCACCAGCAAAACCUAUAGGAGCAGUUUUUGUGUUUUGUGUUGAAAACUUUUGUGACUGUUGAAAACAUUUUAAAAGAAAGAAAGGACAGAGCUUUGAGGGCAGAGUGGGGGGGGGGGGGAAUCUAGACGAAUUUAACCAGGAAAAAAACACCUGACCGUGUCGCUUUGGAGUUCACGCUUAGGAGUUUGUGCUAAAAUCUUGUUUUAUGUCGUUACAAUAACACCUUACAUGAGUAGAUUCGUUUUGGUAGAAUGGCUUAUCAGGCCCUUGUGUAAAAAAGAAAAAGGAUUAAAAAAAAUCAAUAAAAGAAAAAACUUUUCCAGCAGUAUCUCAUUCAAUCUCUACACGGGAAGACAAUCAAUCAGUAAGCGAGCAGAUGAGGAUGGAUAUCUUGUUGCUUUUUAACCGAAUGCUUGAGAAUUUGAAAGAAGCGGAGUUGUGUGGCACUACUGAAUUGAACUUCACUUUGUUCUUGAAUAAAGUUACUUUUCUUUACCUACUGACAGCUUUGGCAAGUUUGAUU